AUGGGAUAUUAUCUCACUGAUGGUAUAUAUCCUAAAUGGGCGGCAUUCAUUCCUACAAUAUCACUACCACAAAAUGAAAAAGAAGGUCUAUUUGCCAAAGUACAAGAAGCUAAACGAAAGGACGUUGAGCGUGCUUUUGGAGUAUUACAAGCUCGUUUUGCAAUAAUACGGAAUCCAGCGCUAGCUCGUGACGCAUCAAUGUUAGGAAAAAUAAUGAUAGCGUGUAUUAUUAUGCACAAUAUGAUUGUUGAGGAUGAAAGAGAUACAUAUAAAACGUAUUACGAUCCAAAUGAAUAUGAUCAAGCUACAAAUGCGUCUUCAAGUAAUGAAAAUAAUGAAGAGCCUUUUCAGUUCCAAAAUAGCAACAACCGAAUUGCAAGUUUGGAAACUUACAUGUCUAAUAGAGCACGUGUUCGUGAUGAAGCUAUGCAUAAAGCAUUGAAGAAAGACUUAGUUGAACAUAUGUGGCUCAAAUUCGGUGUUCAAAGUAGGGACAAUAAUAUGCAUUAA